AUGCAGUGGAGCCCGCCCGGCACAAGUGUAUGCAGAGUAUGCAGAGAGGGAGUGAGUGACAAUGAGGUAAGGGGAGGGGAGGAAGACAGGGAGGGAAGGGAGGCAGACAGGCCCAGGCGGGCUCCAGUAUGGCGACAGAGUGCAAUAUGCUAGAGUGAGUAGGGGGCCAGACUUCCGCUGCCCGCCCCCUCCCCCCUGCCUCCAGGCUCCAUAUUGUCCAGACAGAGACAGCAGACUUACCUGGAAGGAGAACAGUGACUGUGACCUCUGCUAGACUGCUCCCCAUAGUGUUCGAGUGUCUGCAGUCUCCUCAGAUCCACCUCACUAUAGACCUGGCUGUCAGCACUUGAAUGGGGGUAAGUUUAAAAAAAUGUAUAUUUAAUUUUUGAAUUGUACUCUGUACCCCCUGUCAGGGCACUAAGGGGUCAGAGUGACAUGGGGUUACAGGCUCCUACUCCUUGGCACUUUGUCCCCAAAUCCCCUUUUAUCAUAUGUCCCUCUGCAUCCCAUUUCUCACUCCUUUGUCACUGUGUCCCACAAGCCCCAUUUCACUUGGUCCCUAAUUGUUUAGUCUUGCUUCACUGUAUCUGCUUAAAGAGAUACUGUAGUACCAGGAAUACAAAGCUGUAUUCCUGGCACUACUGAUCCCUCUGCCUCCCCCUCCCCCGCUUUAAAUAAAGGGUUAAAACCCUUUAUUUACUUACCUUAUCUCAGCGUUGUGCCUAGCAGGGUCUAAUGCGUAUGCGCAGCAAAUGUCGAGUGCGCAUUAGACCUCCCCAUAGGAAAUCAUUGAAUCAAUGGUUUCCUAUGGGGAAAAAUCUGUCACUGGAGGUCCUCAUACAGGGCGUGAGGACGUCCAGCAUCAGAUAACAGACCAAAAGUCUGCAAGCGCCCCCAGUGGCUUUCUGGUAGACAGCUACUGAGGGCAGACUUAGUGCUGCAAUGUAAACAUUGCAGUUCUCUGGAACUGCAAUGUUCUACAUUGCAGCACUACAUGCAAAGGGCAGUAAUCCCAUGCCUCUCUUAGCCUCUAUGCCACUAAUACCCUGUCCCGCUAGUUACUCUGUCCCCAACCUGUGUCAGUCUUUCACCGUAAUACCUUAUCCCUAAUCCUUUGCCACUCUGUUCGCUGUAUUCUCAGGGUGGGUAGGUUGUUUAAUGUUUAUGUACUUUAUACACAGCUAAGAUAUUAAUUCCACUGUGAAAAUUGCGGUAAAUGUGUGUGUGUAAUUUAUAAUAAAAAAAAGCUAAUUGCGUACAAUUCCAAAUCCUUAUGUACAUUUAAAUAACUGGAGGUUUUUUAGGAUGAGUAUUGUAGCUCAUCUGCCUGUUAAAAUUAGAUUAGUGAUUUAUUGUCUGUAUUGGGGCUGAUGUGUACUAUGGUCAUUGAUACUGCCCAGGAGAAGUGAGAAUUUGAGCGCAAGGCUUAAUUUAGUAUAUUUAUGUCUGUAAUUGUAGUUUUUUUAAAAUGUAUUUAUUGUUGUAAAUGUUUAAGGAUUUUGCAUUGUAAUCAUUGUAUCUGCUUAAAGAGAUACUGUAGUACCAGGAAUACAAAGCUGUAUUCCUGGCACUACUGAUCCCUCUGCCUCCCCCUCCCCCGCUUUAAAUAAAGGGUUAAAACCCUUUAUUUACUUACCUUAUCUCACAAAACAUGUCAGGAAAUAGUACAUCACUUAGUGCAGGGCUCGACAAAUCCUAGAACUAGACUAGGAAUUUUGUCCUGGCGCCUGGGUGUUUGUUAGCCCAUUCACCAGAUGCGGCUGGCCGAGGGAGCAUGGAGCAGUAAUCUUCCUGCAGUUCUUGCUCUGUUUCUUCCCAUGCUGGUUAGUGAUGCAUGCAUCUGGAAUAUGACGUCACUCCGGCCCCAGCAUCACUAAACAGCACGCAGUGGAGCAGAGCAAGAAAGGGCAGGGAGAAUAGAGAGUAGCCACACCACAUCCUAGUGAAAUAAUCCACUCCAGCUCUCCCAAAGGUAGUGGAAAAAAGAGAAACGUAUACCGCGCCUAAUUUAUAUAUGUGAAAUAUACAUACAUAUAUCUUGAAUAUUCCAAACGGAUCGUAACCUCAAAGGGAACAGAUUAAGAAACAAAUGAUAGUGCAAUACAGUAAAUAUAUUCUUUAAAGCAGAUAGUAUAAGGCUAAGUUCAAUCCACUCACAUAUGGAUGAGCUAUAACAGAGCUCUGCUGUAAGAAUGCCUGGACGGUACAAUCCCCGUCUUUGGAUUUGUAGAAGUUUCCACGAAUAUUUCCACAAUGCAGUGAGCGUAGUAAAUAUGAAAGGAAAAAAUAGCAGCAAUAUGGUGAAGUAAGUACUAGUGGUAUGACCAAUAUUAAAUAGUAUUGUACUUACAAUUUCUAGAGCAUAUAUCCUGCUCUAGUAUAAACAGCAUGGGUGGUAUAAUCCCCACCAAGGAUAUACAGGAUCCAGGAAGUAAAAAUAAAAAAUUGGAGUGGAUAUAAAAGUAACUUUAAAAAGUAUACUUUAAUAUAAACAAGCUAAAUAGAAAUAAAAUAUUAUAAAACAUAAAAUGUAGUCCCACUUAACGCGUUUCGCCAGGUUGGCUUCUUCAGAAGUGUGGUAUCAUGUCUGAUAAGUCCGUUUAUAUAUCCUCCUUAAUGUAGAAAUAAUGUCCUGGUGUGCUUACUUCCUGGUUCCGGCUGUUUGCUGACACGCACGCGUCAUACCGGAAGUGACGCGGCACCCGCGUCACACCGGAAGUGACGUAGUGCUCGCGUCUAACCGGAAAUGAUCGCGGCGUCUGUAGUGCAAAUUGAUGUAGAAAAAUAGUAAUGUCUAAAUGUCCAGAGGUGUAUGUAACACCAAUAAGUAAUAUAGAUAAAAUUUCAGGCAUCACUCGUCCCAGCCUCCAAUACUAGAGGGUGUGGGCAUGUUCCAGUGGGAAAGUGAUGCGGCGGCCAUCUUUGUUGAGGGCAAACAUCCAUUUAGAAGACAACUAAUAGGGUAGUUUGUGUACAACCAUAUAAAUGUAAAAAAGAAAGAAAUAUACAUAUACCUAAAAUAUAAAUAAUGAUGUAUGCUUUAAAAAGGUUAAUACCUAUAAAAAAUAAGAAUAAAAAUAAGAAAUGGCACAAUAUAAAUAUUGUAAAUAAUUUAACAUAAUGAUCAAAGUUAAAAACAACCAUAAGAGCAUAAAACAUAAUAAGAGUAGAUGAGGGGCAUGCUAUAAGGAUGGACAAAGAAUGUUGAGGGAAGGAGGAAAAAAAAAAAAAAAAAAAAUUUUUUUUUUAUAAAAAAUUGUAUAAGUCGAAAUCAACAUUCAGCCCCUUGGGGUGUAGGGUAUCAAGUUGAUAUACCCACUGCAUCUCAGUUUGUCCAAUCUUUCUUAUAGCAUCUCCCCCUCUCCAAUGAUUUUUAACUAUUUUAAUUCCCAUAAACGUGAGGUGCUUGGGAUCAUUAUUGUGCAUGCAAAAGUGCGCAGGUACUGAGUGAUUCUGUAGACCCUUUUCUAUAUUUCUACAGUGUUCUGCGAUUUUGGUUUUUAGUGGCCUGAUCGUUCUCCCUACAUAUUGGAGACCACAUGAACAUUCCAAUAAAUAGAUCACAUUUUUGCUGUUGCAUGUAAUGACCUCUUUUAUAUUAUAUGUUUUAUUGGUAUUAUUUGAUUUAAAAUCAGUGAUCAUUCUUUUAGUAGUUUUUGUCUUUUUACACGCCAUACAGCAAUUACAUUUGUAGAAACCCUUUUUGUCCAUAAAAUCAUUAAUUCUAUUAGGGCUAUUUCUUGUAAAAAAUUUUGUUAGAUGCAUUUUAAGGUUAGGGGCUCCUCUAAAAAUUACUUUUGGUUUAUCAGGGAUAAUUUUUCCUAAAAUUUCAUCUUCCUUUAAUAGAUGCCAAUGUUUUAUUAAAUUUUUUUUCAGUUGUCUGUUUUUAUUAUUAUAGUCUAGUACAAUAGGUAGAGUAAAGUCACGAUUCUUCUGAUUCUCUGAACCUUUGGUUUUAUGUAUAAGUUGAUUUCUAUUAAUUGUGACUGUUUGAUUAAUGGUUGAAUCGAUAUGGUUAGCAUCAUAACCUUUUUGUAUGAAACUUUCUCUUAGUAUGUUAGCUUGCUUUAGAAACACAGCUUCAUCAGAGCAGUUUCUUCUGAGACGCAUCAUCUGACUUUUAGGUAUACUGUCCAACCAUAUCUUGUUGUGACAACUUUUAGUACUUAUAUAGUUGUUUACAUUUACUUCUUUGAAAUGUGUUUUAGUUUGUAUUGUAUUAUUUUCAAUAUAUAUAUUAAGAUCCAGAUACGUAACCAUAGUACUACUAAAAUCCGCUGUUAAAAUUAUACCUUCAUCAUUAUUAUUUAAAAAAGAAAUAAAAUCUUUAGCUGAACUAAUAGGUCUUUUCCAAAUGAAUAGGAGGUCGUCUAUAUAACGAGAAUAAAAAAACAGGUUCUGCACCCAGCCAUGUCCCCUCCACACAGACCGAUCUUCCCAUUCAGCCAUAUAGAGGUUGGCAUAGCUGGGUGCGAACCUAGUGUCCAUAGCUGUCCCAGUUUUCUGUAAAUAAAAACUAUCUUUGAACCAAAAAUAAUUGUGUUUUAAAAUUAGAUCUAUGCCGUCAAUAAUAAAAUCUUUCUGUUCUUGGAGCAUAGAAUCAUCUUGUUCUAAAAUGGAUCUGAUAGCCUGACAUCCUUUAUCAUGUUUGAUUAUCGUAUACAGCGAUUGUACGUCACAUGUAAUCAAUAUAUAGUCCUUUUCCCAACUGAUAGUUUGUAAUUUCUUCAGAAGAUCUAUUGUAUCUUUUAAAUAUUCAAGAUAUAUGUAUGUAUAUUUCACAUAUAUAAAUUAGGCGCGGUAUACGUUUCUCUUUUUUCCACUAUUCACUUACAAGGUUUGGGAAUCCUUGUGUAUAUACUGCUGCCUGUUCACUAUAGCGAGCGCCUAUUAUCUUCUUUUUUUCUCCCAAAGGUAGGGAGGCUGGGUGUGCUUAAAUCAAAAAAUAAAUAAUAAUUUGUGAGUGUAUGACAAAAUAGGUGUGUGUGUUCAGUUUCCCCAAAGAUGCAGCGAAUAGACGUUUCACUAAAGCAAAUUACAAGCGACGGCUGCCAAACGGAGAAGAAACCUUUAGAAACUGGCUAGUUUAUUCUGUCAAGUUGAACAGUAUUGAAAGUAUUUUGUUUUUGUUGUAAGCUAUUUGCAACUAAAGUCACUACAAGUUUGACACGUGGAGGUUAUAAUGACUGGAAAAACUUAUCUCAAAAUCUUUCCAUUCAUGAAAAGUCUAACUCUCUUGUCGCUGUAAGAGACUGGAAUGAACUCUCGAGAAGAUUUGGUCGUGGAAAAACGAUAGAUGUAGCUUCCCAGAGAUUGUUGGCAACUGAAACACAACAUUGGCAAGAUGUUGUUAAGCGCCUUAUAGGCAUAGUAAAAUAUCUUGGUCGCCAGUGCUUGGCUUUCCGAGGUAGCAGAGAUACAUUAUACAGUGAAAAUAAUGGGAAUUAUCUGCAACUUGUGGAAAUGCUGGCCACAUUCAACACCGUUAUGCAGGAACAUCUGAAAAGAAUAAAAAAUAAGGAAAUUUUCCAACAUUAUUUGGGGAAAGACAUUCAAAACAAACUCAUCAGCCUUAUAGCGAAAGAAAUCACAAAACACAUUCUGCAGUUGUUGAAAAAUGCAAAGUAUUAUUCUAUAAUACUUGAUUGCACACCAGACAUUACUUUAAUUGAACAAAUGACUAUAAUUGUUCGAUUUGUGUCCAUCAAGGAAGGCGAGUCUCCAACUGCUGAACCAGAGCUCUGUAUAGAUGAAAAAUUUCUAGGUUUCAUCCAAAUCCUAAGUUCAACUGGAGAAGGUUUAACUGAGGCAAUUUUGUCUGAACUUGAAAAACUUAAGAUCCCAGUUGGUGAUAUGAGAGGACAAGGAUACGAUAAUGGAUCCAAUUUGAAGGGCAAACACCAAAGUGUUCAGAAAAGAAUCCUGGAUUUAAACCCGCGUGCCUUUUAUAUUCCCUGCAGCGCUCAUACAUUAAAUCUUGUUGUGAAUGAUGCAGCCAUGUCAUGCUGGGAUGCUGCAUCCUUCUUUUCUAUUGUACAGAAAAUCUAUGUGUUUUUGUCAGGAUCCACAGUUCGGUGGAAUGUCUUGAAGAAGCACAUUGGCAGACUUACGCUAAAACCUUUGUCUGACACCAGAUGGCCUUCAAGAAUAGAUGCUAUUCGUCCAUUUAGGUUCCAGGUUGGAGAAAUUUUUGAUUCACUCUCUGAAAUUUUGAGAGAGAACUCUCACACGGCAAUGGCACAGUCUGAUGCUGAAUGUCUUUCAAAAGAACUGAAUAACUUUACAUUUUUGUGUCUUAUUGUGUUGUGGUACAACAUCUUAAAUAGAAUAAACUUUGUUAGCAAACAAAGUAGAAGUAUGUAUCUUCCAGAUGUUGUAGAUAUCCUGAAAUCCACAACCACUUUUUUGGAGAAUUAUCGUUCUGAUAAAGGGUUUGAAGAUUUACUGGAAGAGGCAAAAAACCUAUCAUUAGAAAUGGAAAUAGAUCCUGUGUUUCCUCCUUUUGUGCGACAAAUUAAAAAAAAAAAGAGGUUGUUUUGUUAUGAAGCACCGGAUGAUCCGAUUUGUGAUCCUGCAAAUUUUUUUAAAAUUGAGUGCUUUUACAGCAUUUUGGAUAUGUGUAUCAAUUUUCUUGAUGAGAGAUUUGAGCAAAUUAAGCACCACAGCAAGCACUUCCAGUUUCUUUAUAAUAUACAAAAACUUAAAGAUGUACCAAGGGAAGCAGUUAUGGAGUAG